AUGGCCACCGCAGCGCCAAACCCGCUGUUAUCCACCUCUCGCGCCUCCGACACAAGCCCCACCAUACAGCUACACCCUCUCGUGCUCCUCACAAUCUCAGAUUGUAUAACGCGGCAUACCUUACGACAGCAGAAAGGACCGGUUGCGGGAGCUAUAUUAGGACAGCAAAAUGGCAGGGAAAUUACCAUGGAAGUCGCGUUUCAGGCGAAAUUGAGGGCAGAUGCGGAGGGCGAGGUGGUGCUGGAUGAGGAGUGGUUUGGGAAACGGUUGGACGAUUACAGAGAUGUGCAUAAAGAUCCUGUGCUCGAUAUCGUCGGCUGGUUCACGCUUGGUCCUGCCUCCGGGCCACAGCUAGAACACCUUCCUAUCCACAAUCAAAUCUCAGAGCUGUAUACAGAGUCGCCGAUACUCUUUUUGUUUCAUCCUGCCGAAGCACCGUCGCCAGCUACCGCAGCGGGGAAACUUCCUCUGACACUGUACGAGUCCGUAUACGAAAAUCCCAGCAAUGACAAGGCCAUGGAUAUCGACGGCGCGGCCCAGGCUAAGGCUGUGAAGUUCCGGGAGCUGGUGUAUAGCAUUGAGACGGGUGAGGCCGAGAUGAUUGCUGUGGAUUUCGUUGCUCGGGGAGGCGGCAAUGCCACUGCCGUUGCUCCCGAGGAUGCAGUGAAGGCACACUCUUCCUCAACUGACCCCUCAAGCCCGCAAAGUAAGGUCCCAUGGAUCCUUAGAGGCAAAGGAAAGGGAAAAGAGAGGGCCACAGAGGAAGACACGGCCAUCGAGGAAGACAACGCCUUGACUGCCGAAGACGAAGAAAUCCUCUCCACACUCACAGCAAAGAUGAACGCCAUCCGUAUGCUCCGUCGCCGUAUAGCUCUCCUCCGCGCCUAUCUGUCCUCCCUGCCUCCAUCCUAUCUCACCGACCCUUCGCUCCCCCUCAACCCAUCGCCAACCCCCGAUCAUCCCCUCUCACUAGACCAUUCCAUCCUCCGCAGCAUCUCCGCAACCCUCGCUCGCAUCAACAUACUCUCUCCUCCCGACACUGAAGCUUUCACACUGGAAUCCCAACAGGAAGCCUCGGACGUCCAGCUCGUGGCGUUGCUCUCCUCCAUCACGAAUUCGAUAUCUGUGGCCAAGGAACUCGGACAGCGCAGUCAGAUUGUGGAGAAUGUGCGGCAUGGGAAGAAUAAGCCGCAGUUGUUGGAGCGAUUUGCUCCGCCGCCUGGGUUGGGAAGGAGCUGGUCAGGGAUAGUGGAGGGGCGGAAGGAGAGUGAGUUGUGGCCGUGA